AACGAAGUGUCAAUAGCGUUAGAUGAAGCGCAGCUAAAUGAUAUUAAACCAAAUAAAAGCAACGAAAUUAUUUUCGCCUAUGAAGAUUUACUGCAUGAUGAAACUCAAAAUGUACGAGGUGAGACAUCAAAGAUGAAUUGGUGGCGAAAUCCUAUUCGCAUUUUCGAUAGCAAAGGUACCACCAAAAUAUAUAGUACCACAUCGGCACCUCAUUCAACCAGGACAACAGUGAUAUUAAAUCGAAGUCCUAGCCAAAAGUACGAGCCGCUUGUAGAGGUAGUUGAUUUGGUGCAGGAAUCAAGUGCGGAACAAGGCACUGACGAUGGUCCGGCGCUAAAACACGAUAAUUCGGAAGAACAGCUCAACAGACGGUAA